GUUCACAACGCAAGAUGGCGGCUUCCUGUGACAGUUUGGUGCCGUUGGUUCUGCUGUUCUUCUGUCUGAGUGCUUAUGCUGUGGAUCGCAGCAACUUUAAAACAUGCGAUCAGAGCGCCUUUUGCAAGCGUCAGAGGGAGUUGAAACCCAGUCAGUCUCCAUACAGAGCUCUGUUGGACACGCUGGAGCUGAGCAAAUCCAGACUCACCCUGCAGCUCAUCAACGACAACAACAAGGUUCGCUUGCUGCUUGAGUUGUACAGACUUCAGGGGAACAUGACACGAGUGAAGAUUAAUGAGCUCAAACCACUGAAGCCUCGCUAUGAGGUUCCAGAUAUACUCAUCACUGAUCCACUUACUGAGCCGAUGUCAGUGGUGACUCAGGAUGAGAAUGGUCUGGUGUUAUCUCUUGGUGGGGACGAGCAGCGUCUCAUCGUAAGUGCUCUGCCAUUCAGGCUGGACAUCAUGGAGGGUCCUCAAGUGCUCGUGUCCCUUAACUCCCGUGGUCUACUGGCCUUUGAGCACCUCAGAGCGCGCAAGGACACUAUCUCUCAUAAAAUAAGUAGCACAGUUGGUAGCAUGUGGGACUCGCUCAAGAGCAUUUUCUCUAGUAAAAGUGAAUCCGAUUCAGAGCAAGAUGCAGUGCAGAAGAAUGUGGAGCAACGAGCGGAAGAGAAGGAUGGACAGAUAAAAGAAGAAGAGGAUAAGCCUGGCAUGUGGGAGGAAACAUUUAAAUCGCACAGUGAUUCAAAGCCCAAUGGUCCAACAUCUAUUAGUUUAGAUUUUUCCCUACCUCGGGUGGAACAUGUCUACGGCAUUCCAGAACAUGCGGACACCCUCAAACUAAAAAACACAGAUGGGUCAGACCCGUAUCGGCUUUACAACUUGGAUGUUUUCCAGUAUGAGCUGCACAAUCUAAUGGCUCUGUAUGGGUCAGUUCCUGUGCUCAUAUCUCACAGUACUGAGCGCACUAUGGGCAUCUUCUGGCUUAAUGCAGCAGAGACAUGGGUGGACAUCAGCUCAAAUACUGCAGGAAUGGGAUCCAGUGAAGCUCCUCAGACUGAUGUACGCUGGAUCUCUGAGAGUGGCAUUAUUGAUGUCUUUAUCAUGUUGGGACCCAAACCUACUGAUGUUUUCACUCAAUAUGCUUCACUUACAGGCACUCAGUCAUUCCCUCCACUCUCAACACUGGCGUACCAUCAGUGUCGCUGGAACUAUAAUGAUCAGGAGGAUGUGAAGGCUGUUGAUCAGGGUUUUGAUGAGCAUGACAUUCCCUAUGACUUCAUCUGGCUGGACAUUGAGCACACAGAUGGAAAGCGCUACUUCACUUGGGACCCCAUCAUGUUCCCCCAGCCCAAAGACAUGCUGCAGGGCUUGAUGGACAAGAAACGCAAGCUAGUGGCCAUUGUGGAUCCUCACAUUAAGGUGGACAGUGGCUACAAGAUUCACAAUGAGAUUAGCUCGAAAAACUUCUAUGUCAAGAACAAAGAUGGAGGAGACUAUGAAGGCUGGUGCUGGCCAGGUAAUUCUGGCUAUCCUGACUUCACUAACCCUGAGAUGAGAGUGUGGUGGUCCAGCAUGUUUGCCUAUGACCAGUAUGAGGGAUCCAUGGACAAUCAGUACAUCUGGAAUGACAUGAAUGAGCCGUCUGUGUUUAAUGGGCCUGAGGUGACCAUGCACAAAGAUGCUCUUCAUGGUGUAUGGGAGCACAGGGAUGUUCACAAUCUUUAUGGCCUCUAUGUGCAAAAGGCGACUGCAGAUGGUCUGAUUCAGCGUUCAGGAGGAGUGGAGAGACCGUUUGUUCUAACUCGAGCGUUUUUUGCGGGGUCACAGCGUUACGGUGCGGUGUGGACAGGAGAUAAUGCAGCUGAAUGGGGUCACCUGAAGAUCUCCAUCCCCAUGUGCUUGAGUCUUAGUUUAGUGGGCAUCUCUUUCUGUGGAGCUGAUGUUGGUGGUUUCUUUAAGCAUCCCAGCACAGAGCUCUUGGUGCGGUGGUACCAGGCAGGAGCUUAUCAGCCGUUUUUCCGUGCACACGCUCACCUGGACAACCCCCGCAGGGAGCCCUGGCUGUUUGGCCCAGAGAACACCGCACUCAUCCGGGAGGCUGUGCGCCAGCGAUAUGCCCUCCUGCCUUAUUGGUACCAGCUAUUCUACAAUGCAUACCGCACUGGACAGCCUGUUAUGAGACCUUUAUGGGUGGAGUAUCCUGAGGAUGUUGCUACUUUCUCAAUUGAGAAUGAGUACUUGCUUGGGAAGGAUUUGCUGGUGCACCCUGUUACUGAUGAGGGGGCUACAGGUGUCACUGCCUACCUGCCUGGGAAGGGCGAGGUUUGGUACGAUGUUCACACAUUCCAGAAACAUGAUGGGUCUCAGAGUCUCUAUAUUCCUGUCACCAUGAGCUCAAUCCCAGUUUUCCAGCGAGGAGGGUCCAUUAUCUGCAGGAAGGACCGUGUAAGGAGAUCUUCCUCUUGUAUGGAGAAUGAUCCAUAUACCCUCUAUGUGGCCCUCAGUCCACAGGACUUUGCUGAAGGAGAGCUGUACAUUGAUGACUUCCAUACGUUCAGCUUUGAAAAGGAGAAGCAGUUUAUCCACAGGCAUCUGUCUUUCUCUGCCAACACGUUGUCCUCCAGAAAUCUGGCCCCAGACUCUCAUUUCUCCACUGGCUCAUGGAUAGAGAAGAUUGUCAUUAUUGGAGGCAGUAGGCCAUCUUCUAUCACUCUGAAAAACACAGAUGGUAUAGAGUCAGCUGUAGAGUUUGAGUUUGACUCUGCGACUGCAAUAUUAACUCUACGCAAGCCAGGGGUCAAUGCAGGGGCAGACUGGACCAUUGUUCUGCAGUAACACAAGGAUGAACACACAAACAACAGGUGGAAGAACAGCACUUAAAAGUCAAAUGACCAGAUGCACGAACAUACAUUUCUUUUUUUUUUAAAGAGUCCAGAUGGAGAACGGAAAUGAGCAGAGGAAAUGAUUGAGAUUUGAAUGUUUUUAAGAUGAAUUGUCUGUAUGAUUUAUGAUAAAAAUGAAGGAAAAAGAUGUAAUGGUGAUGUUUGUUUAGGAAUUUGUAGGGGACCAGAAAUUAUAGAAAUUUUUAAAAACAUACUUUCUUAAAAUUCACACGAUUCAGUUCAAACGAUUGGCUGCGAAUAUUAGCAUUUUUCCUUUAAAUUUAGCCAUUUAAUAAUUGGUUAGAUGUUAAAAACAGAGUAAGGAAAUAUAGAGGAUGUUUUUUUUUUGUCUCAGGGCAAUGUAUUUUGGCAUUUUCACUUCCAGGAAUGCAAAACGUUUUACGCUAAGAAACUAUUAUAUUUUCAUAUUGGAAUAGUGACUGUGCUACUUAAUUUGUUUUUAAAUUGGUUCAUAUAGGAAAACUCAUUCAUUAAGGGAUUGGAUUUGGACUUCCUUCCAUUAAAAGUAUCACAAGUAAUUUGUGGCCAAUUUUUGUAGGACAUAUUAUUCGGCGUGAUGUUGAUGUCAAGUAAAUAAAGUGUAUACAUAUGGAAAUGAAGUAAUAUUGCCCAGAUUAACCCUGAAACAAAGAAAAAAAACUUCUAAUGAAAAAUAAACGAGGACUUUAGUUUUGGAAAUGAAAUUUUAAGCUUUGAAGAUUCUUUGUUUUUGGGGGGUAAUUCUUUUCAAAGAUACAUCUGUGCUAUUACAUGUUUCAGGAGUGUUCAAUUAGGAAAAGUGUUUAGUAGCAGGGUUUAUAAAUCUGGAUGUUGAAAGUUAAAACAGGCUUCAAUAGUGACUUUGAGGUUUGUUUGCUAAUGUUUGAAAUAUAAUAAGGGGUUGGUACAAUGAUAAAUGUGACCUAAACAUUCUGAAAGAUUAAAUAAUCCAAUUGAUUUCGACAUUAUGAAGUCUGAAAUGAAAACUGAAAUUACUUUCUAAAAUGUGUAAAAGAAAAUGGACAAAAAAUAAUAUUGCUUGCUUGAUAACAUGAAAAGUGAAAAUCUGUCUUAGGAAAGAGUUGGUGAAAUAAAAGGCUACAUUUCUGUUUGUUGUAAAGC